AAGGUCGAUACCAAGGCCGAUGCUGCAUAGGCAGAUGCUGCGUAUGUACCGAUACCGUGACGAUUCACCGUGUACGACGGCGAGGACAUAUAAAAUCAAAAUCAAUCGGGUCAACAGCCUGUGCACGGGACUGGGAUGGGUAGAUACGGGCGACGAUGCGGAUCGCGGGCGGCAUGUGUAGUGUUAACGUGGAUGUCAUGUGGUGGACGUUCUGCGCGGCUAUGGGCUAUCGAAUCCGUUCUACUUCUCGUUGCCCCUUGCUUCUUUUUUUCUGCGGUCCUGGGCGUUAGGAGGGCUUUACUCCCGGCGUUCAGUCCGGUAUUUCACAUCGCGCGAGAAUCGCAAAAGAAAAAAAAAAGAAGAAAGAAAGAAAGAAAAGUUACCAAAGGGUUCGCGCAAAAAGCGACCAAUGGAACUGACGUUUUCUCUACCUACACCACCGCCCCGCCAAUGAUCUAUAAAAGGGAUGCGAAGUUGCCGGGGCAGUUGUCUGUCGACCGAACUCGAACUCCGACUGCUCUUCUCGUUUUAAUACCAUCAAAGUUCAGUCCCGUUGGUUCUGGUCUUGGCAGCUUAGUCGAUUUCAUUCUGUCACGGCUCUUAUCCACCGCUGCCCGGAAGUUCGGUGUCUAGCGGUCCCCGGCAUCGGCUAAGCGAUCGGUCGGGUCGCCACUUUUCGGCGUCCAUUGAGCGAUGUCAUUGGAUAGGAACCAGGGAAGCCUUCCAUAGCCAUGGAUCAACUUUCCCACCUUUCGGGUUGACACACUGAAGCUGUGGAUUCAGGGGAAGCCCCGGACAAGGGAACCUGAAUAUAUUACCGAACGUGCAUUUUCCAAUGGUCAGUCUCGGCCCUCCU